AUGGCAUCUUUCAACAAAUUAAAGAACAUGCUAAUAUUGGCGCUUGACUGGAUCCUCUACAGUGCUGGUACUGCAGAUACUUGCCACAUCUCUGUAACACAACCCAGAUUUCAGGAAGCUGACCGCUCCAUGCACACUGUGUUCCUAACAUGUGCUUUCUCUGCCUCUGGAUGCUCCUCAUCCCCACCUCAAGUCCUAUGGUUUCGCUUUUUAAUUAAUAAACAUGAGGACUUGUGUACUCCUGAAUGCACAGAUCAUCAGAAGUACAAAGUACAUUUAUCAGAAAAUAACAUUUCACUUCAGAUCAAUGAUCUGACUUUCAAUGACAACGCCAUUUAUAUCUGUGGAAUAGCAUUUCCAGAUUCAAGUUCACCCCAUUCUAAACAAACAGGAGAUGGAACAGUACUAACGACAACAGAGAAUCAGCACAUCAGUGGAAAACUCGUCUCCAUGAUCAUCGCCUCAUCCUUACUGUUUCUAUACAGCACUACUGUAUUCACAUUCUUUGUAGUCUACAAGUUAAAACCAAACCUACUAAAGAAAAGUGGGAAUGAAGACCAAAGAACAGAGAACUGUAAAAUCAGUAGCGGACGAAAAAUUUUUCAAGCAAUUGCCCAAGAACUUCAAAAGCAGAGGUACACUGAACAUUGGCGACAGCCUGACGAUUUAGAAGACGACACUGUUUAUCAGAACAGAUGA